CACACUGAUGGGACACAGCAGGACUGUUUCUUUUCGACUUUUUAAAAAGGAUUUAUAAAUAUUUUUUAAUCAAAAGAGAAAUAUCUCUAUUCUGUGGGAUUUUUUAGAAUCAUAUUACAGUUCACCUUUUUUGUCAUUUUUAUUAACUAAGCAAAGAAGAAAACUUUUUUUCCCUUCUUCCCUACGUUUAAAUACGGAGUGAUUUUCUGUUUUUUGGAGCGCGUAAAAACGCACGGCCACUCCACAUGGCGCACAUGUGCAGGCAGCUUACCGGCAGCGCGGCGAGCUGCGCGGGCUGGGUCGGGGUCAUCGUCGCCACCGCCACCAACGACUGGGUCCGGACCUGCGACUACACAGUGACCACCUGCGUCCGCAUGGACGAGCUCGGCUCCCGGGGCCUCUGGGCAGAGUGCGUCAUCUCCCCGGCUCUUUAUCACUGCGUGGCCCUCAACCAGAUCCUCACACUGCCCGCUUACAUCCAGACGUCUCGCGCUCUGAUGAUAUGCGCGUGCCUGCUCGGUCUUCCCGCCAUGCUGCUCGUGCUCAUGUCGAUGCCCUGUGUCCGGCUGCAGAACGACACCUCGGCUGUCAAGCUGCGCCGCGGCCGGGUGGGAGGGGUCCUGUUCAUCCUCAUGGCCGUGUGCAGCAUCAUAUCGACCGUCUGGUUCCCCAUCGGCGUCCACCAGAGCGAGGGUCUGAUGUCUUUCGGCUUCUCGCUCUACGCCGGCUGGGUCGGCGCCGCUCUCUGUCUCCUGGGCGGCUCCAUGAUCUUGUGUUGCCACGGCAACGACAUCAGGACCCCGAGCAGAGAGAACAGCUUCUACUACUCCAGACAGCGGGGCACGGCCACGCCGAUGGACCCCCCCGCCAACCACGCCAAGAGCGCCAUAGUGUAAAACCCGGUUCUCUGGCGCCUCAUUUCACAGACUGUGUGAUGAUGAUCAAGCUGUGCAUUUUGAUUUUUUACAUUUAACUGAUGCAGCUGCGGGAGUGAUUUAUUGGGGUUUAGUGCUUUGCUCAAGGGCAGCCAGCCACAGUUAUAGAUACCUUCACAUUUCAGUGGGUGGAGCCUAAUGACUCAUUGUUAUUGCCUCAGAAAACAGAAUUUUACCAUCAAAUAUCAGACUGAAUUUAGUCACUAUUCGCUCUGACUUUAUUCCUAUUAAUGGGAUUAAAGAAGAAAACUUAGUCCAGUAGGCAGAAAACUAACAUUUUCAAUACAUUUUUCUCUGCUAAAAUAAACAUUGCAAAAGUCGUCAAUCAAGAGACAUGAUCGACUAGAUGUGCUUUUUUUUUUAAUUAAUUAGAAAACUAGAUCAAUAUUACACCGGCUUUACACUAAAACAAAUUCGAUCGCUUGUGGACAUCGCACAAAGAAACCUCACUUUUUGCGCCACUUUUUGGUAUCAUCAGGCAAUUACUAGAAAUUACCCAGCAUGCAUUGGACGCCAAUGUAAUCUCACACAGACGUUGGACUCUAACAACAAAAUUUUGGUUGCAAAUUAAAAUCAUGUUGACGUCAAAACCCAUCGGCUAAUUCGGCUAAUUGAGAUGUUUGGAGGACGUUGGAUUUUGGUUGCUUAGCAACACAAUUUAAAUUGGUAGUAGUAAUCCAUUGGUAAUAAUUAGGAUUUUCAAGUGUUCACGUCACCAGACCUAGCCAAUACAA